CUUAUAAAAAUAUUUUCAAAUAUUUUAUAUUCUUCAAUAAAUUUUUACAUUCUUGCAAAACGUGCUGCCGACGAUAACGCGGACAUCGAUGCUGAAUACCAAGAAGCUAUGGAGGAAAUUGAAGAAAGAAAAAAGACGUGCAAGGCUUUAGAAUACGCUGGUCAUGCAACUGGACUCGUAACUAAUCUAAUUGGUGAUAUUCCUGAAAUUCCUCUCGUUACUGAUACCGUAAAAAUAGCAACAUCUGGCAUAGCUGCGGCAGCUCAUGUAGCAGAAUUCGGAAUGAAUAUUGCCGCAACAGCAAUGGAAUGCGAUGAUGUGAAUUUUGAUGAGAUUAAAGCCAUAAUGGAGAAAAGGUUUAGUGAAAUCGACAGGAAGCUCGAUAAAAUGUCAGAGGCAAUGGAAAAAGUGACAGAAGUGGUCACAAAGACUUUUAAUAGCGUAGAAAAAACGAGAGCGGAAAUGAAUUGGGGAUUUAAAAAUGUACUAGCUACACUUAAAAGUCGAGAAAUUCAAUCAAUACUUAGUAAAAUUAACAAAUUUGUUAGGUAUUUCGAAGAGAAAAGAAAAGAAAUAAGUAAACUUCCUUUACACCAGUUCGUUUUCAGAUUGAAGGAAAAAGAUGGGAUUCUUAGUUACUUGCAAAAAGCCCGCAAACCAGAAGGUUUACACUCAGAUUUGCUUGAACUUAUGGAUAAGAAUAAUAAUUUUGCUAUUCCUGAAAAUGCUGAAGACACAAAAGCGUUUCAAGCAUUAUAUGCUUUAUUUUAUGGAACUCAAACAUAUGCAUCAGUUAUGUUUUUCCUCCUUAAGCAACAUUCUUAUCUUGCCGAUUAUUACUACCAAACAGGAAGAGAUAAGAAAUUUAAUGAAGCAUUCGAUGUUUUGAUUACUACUUUCAAUGAAUUCAAAGCAUCGCUUACUAGAGCCAAAGGAUUAAUUAACGAAGUCGUUAAGACGUUGGAAGAAGUAAAAAACAAAGACUUCAUUAAAGAUGUUAAAAAUGAAUUAUAUGAUGAUAUUUCCAAAAGAAUAGAUGGAUUAAAAGACCUCAAAACUAACAUAACAAAAAUGGUUUUAAAUGUCAUAGAAGAUAUACCAGAACCAGUACUAGACAUCGACUUUAAUGAACCUCAUAUUGCAUCAAACUAUGGAGAUUGGGAUGAUAAGUCCAAAGUAAGAUAUGCUGUGCAGUUGACAGUAAAUGGAACCUACUCUAAAUUUGGUGAAUGGACUGAGCCAGUAAAAGUUUAUCAGAAAGCAAAUCCAACUCUUCAAGUCCCAAGAGAUGAAAAAGGAAGAUUGAGGCUUGUUUUUCGUAAAUUUAAUGAAGAAAAGCCUCAAUUAGUGGCAAUUUUGUCAAAAUCAAGUCAAGUAGAAUUUCGAGAUAUCGAUCGAGAUCUUUAUAAUGCAGCCAGAAGUAAAGAUCAAACUAGACCAUUGGAAUAUAUUCCUACCUUACUUGAUGCGGGUGCAAACAUGCAUGCUACUUUUGAAAUGAAGAGAAAUGUCAUGCACGCUGCAGCUGAAAGUGGAAAUGUUAAAAUUGCGAUGCGAUUUUUUUCUAGCGGGACACAAGAACAACUCUUAAAUGCUAGAGACGAAAAAGGAUUCACCCCGAUUCACAUUGCUGCGAGUACCAGAAAUUCUGGUUUUGUAAAGUUCUUAGUCGAUCAAAAUGCAGACGUAAAUGUCCAAACUGCAGGAGACAAAGUAACGCCAUUGCAUAUAGCAGCUAAAAGAGGAUUUUUCAAAACCAUUAAGAAUUUACUUGCUAGCAAUAAAAUCGAAAUAAAUAAACGAGAAAAAUCAGGCUACACACCUUUGCAUUAUGCUGUACGAGGUAUAGUAAAAGCAAUUAAGAUUUUACUUGCCGAUGAUAAAAUUUUAAUAAAUGCUAAGUCAAAUUUCGGUCUGACGCCCUUUCACUUGGCUGUCAUGAAAGGGGAUCGAGAAAUCUGUGAUGCUUUGUUAAGCAGCGGUAAAGUAGAAGUCAAUGCUGGAAACAAAGAUAACAUGACGCCUCUACACUUUGCAGCAAUGGCAGGAAAUGUAGACAUGAUACAGUACCUUCUUUCAGGUAAGAAAGAGUUGGAGGAAGUGAAUAUUAACGCAGUCACGUCAGAUAAUAUAUGGACCCCUCUUCAUUUUGCUAUUUAUUUUAAACAUGUAGAUGCCGCGCUUGAACUUCUAAAGAACGAUAAGAUAGACGUCAGUAUGACCUCCAAGCAAUCUUACACACCUUUGCAUUUUUCUAUAGCAACUGGGCAAUUGAAAAUAUUUCAUGAACUGCUAAGGAAAGAUUCCAAUCUCGAAGCAUUGACAAAAGAGAAGUUUACAGCUCUUCAUCUGGCAACACUGCGGUCUGAGACAGAUUUCGCCACAACGUUAUUAGACAAAAAUGCUAAUAUAAAUGCAGUAUCAGAUGAUGGAUCUACUCCUUUGCAUUUGGCUACAAAAUCAGAUAAAAUUGACCAAAUGGUACUUUUAAUAAACAGAGGUGCAAAUAUGAAGCUGUACGAUGUUUUUAAAAAGUUGGGCUAUUACGACUUAUUACAAAUUGUCCGGAAGGAUUCUUCAAAUUCUUCGGAGAAAGUUGAUAGAGUAAUAAACGCAGGUAACAGAUUUGCAAUUUGGUGCAUCAAGAGAGAAAACAGUAAGGGAAAAACCUGUUCUUUUAAAGGCGUUCGUGAUAAACGCAAGAUUGAAUCUCUAAAUGUAGAGGGAUAUCCACAUCCAACUGUUAUGGGACCCACAUAUCAACAAAACCUCAACAAUGUUUUGAUAAAUAUGAUUCAUUCUAUGAAACAAAUUGGAAGCAACAAAUCUUUUCCCUAUUCUAAUCCUUUGAUGAUCCAAAAUGCUGACACCAAUGGAAUAUUGUUGCUGGUUGAUCUACUCGUUAGAAAAUUUACGAAUGAGAAAUAUAAUGUGAGUAACAAUACCUCAAUAUCCACUCUAGAAUCUCAAGGCACAGCUUUAAAGAUCAUUGAUAAAUUCAGUGCUUUUGUUGAUACUGUAAGUGAUAUACCAGCAGAAGAGUUAAUAGAUCUCACAAAAUUGCACUCCGAUUUAUACAAAUCCAUUGAAAGUGGAAACAGCAAUAAUAUUUUUUAUCUAUUAUGCCAGCAUUUACGAAAUAUUGUUGAUGCAGAACAAGUUACAGCUUUCUUAUCUGGAGUCAUGACCAAUGAUGAAGACAUGAGUAAAGAAAAAUAUGCUGUCAACACUAUAAUAAAAUACUGCAUAUCAGAAGCUAAUAUGGAUAAUGUAAACGGAUUUUUUCCUAUUUCUAUCAACAUGCGUAUAAACCAAACUGCUAUGGCUCUAGUUAUUGCUAAAAGAGAUGCUGGUGAUAACGCCGAUAUCGAAGCCGAGUUUGAAGAAUCGAUGGAAGAAAUCGAGUCUAUGAAAAAAAAAUGUAAGGCUUUAGAGUAUGGGACUCAUACAACAGGACUCAUUACCAACCUUAUUGGUGAUAUUCCGGACAUACCCUUGGUUACGGAUACAGUACAAGUAAUUGGUUCAGGAGUAGCUGCGGUAGCUCAUGUAGCUGAAUUUGGAAUGAAUAUUGCCUCAACUGCAAUGGAAUGUGACGAUUGGAAUUUUGAGGAAGUAAAAGCGAUUAUGGAAAAAAGGUUUAGUGAAACGGAUCGAAAACUUGAUAAGAUGAUUGAGGCUAUGGAAAAAGUAACAGAAAUGGCAACCAAAACUUUUGAUAGCGUUGAAAAAACUAGAGCAGAGAUGAACUGGGGAUUUAAAAAAGUACUAGCCUCGUUGAAAAAUCUCGAAAUGCCAGCGAUUCUCAGUAAAAUUUACACAUUUACUCGGUAUUUUGAAGAAAAGAGAAGUGAAAUAAGCACACUUCCAAUAAACCAAUUUGUUUUCCGGUUGAAAGAAAAAGGUGGCAUUCUCGACUACUUGAAAAAGGUGAGAAUGCCAGAAGGAUUGCAUUCUGACUUGUUUGAACUUAUGGAUAAGAAUAAUAACUACGCUAUUCCUGAAAAUGCUGAAGACUCUAAAGCCUUUCAAGCAUUAUAUGCCUUAUUUUAUGGAACACAAAUUUAUGCAUCGGUUAUGUUCUUCUUACUGAAACAGCAUUCUUACCUUGCCGACUACUACUAUCAAAGAGGUCAAGAUAAAGAGUUUAAUAAUGAAUUUGAUACCUUAAUAACUACGUUCAGUGAGUUUAAGACGUCACUUACUGGAAAUAAAGGUCUAAUUAAUGAAGUCGUUAAGACACUAGACGAAGUAAAAGACAAACAUUUUAUUAAAAAUGUUAAGAAUAAACUUUAUAAAGACAUAUCUAAGAGAGCAGAGGCUUUGAAAGACCUCAAAAACAGAAUAACUAAAAUGGUAUUAAAUGUAAUACAAGAUACACCAGAGCCUGUACUUGAUAUCGACUUUAUUGAGCCUAAUAUUCAAUCAAAUUAUGGUGAUUGGGAUGAUAUGACUAAAGUAAAGUACGCAGUGCAGCUAAGAGCAGAUGGGGUAUACUCCAAAUUAAGUGAUUGGACUGAACCAUUAAAGGUGGAGGGAAAAGCAAAUCCAACUCUCCAAGUACCCCGAGAUGAAAAAGGAAGAGAGAGGCUUAUAUUUCGAAAAUUCAAUGAAGAAAAGCCUCAGUUAGUAGCAAUUUUGAGAAAAUCCCAAGGGGAAUUUCGAGAUGUUAAUCGGGAUAUUUAUAACGCCGCUAGAAGCAAAGACCAAACUAAACCGAUUGAAUAUAUCCCUAAAUUACUUGAAGUAGGAGGCGAUAUCGCUGCAACUUUCGAAAUGAAAAGAAGCUCCAUGCAUGCUGCAGCUGAAAGUGGAAACGUAAAAAUUGCAAUGCGGUUUCUUUUAGACGAAGCAGAAGAAUUAAUCAACGGAAAAGAUGAGAAAGGAUAUACACCAAUGCAUAUAGCAGCGAGUACUAAAAACGCUGGAUUCGUAAAGUUUUUACUUAUCCAUAAUGCAGACGUAAAUGCCCAAACUACUUCAGAAAAAUUAACAGCACUACAUAUAGCAGCUAAAAGUGGCUAUCCUAUUACUGUUAAAAACUUGCUUGCUAGCGAUAAAAUCGAAAUAAAUAAACCUGAAAAGUCAGGGUACACACCUUUACAUUACGCUGUACGUGGCACCGCAAAAACAAUCAAAAUGAUACUUGCUGAUGAAAAAGUCUUAGUAAAUGCUAAAUCAGACUUUGGCCUGACUCCUUUUCACUUGGCUGUUAUGAAAGGUGAUCGAGAAAUCUGUGAUGCUUUGUUAAGCAGUGGUAAAGUAGAAGUCAAUGCUGGAAACAGAGAUUACAUGACGCCACUUCAUUUUGCAGCGAUGGCAGGAAAUGUAAACAUGAUUAAGUACCUUCUUUCAGGAAAAAAGAAAGUCGAGGAGGUAAAUGUCAACGCUAUAACGUCAGAUAAUAAUUGGACUCCUCUUUAUUUCGCAAUUUAUUUUAAACAAGAAGAAGCUGCCCUUGAAUUACUGAAAAGCGAUAAAAUUAAGAUUAAUAUAACUUCCAAAGAAAAGUACACUCCUCUACAUCUUUCCGUUGCAACUGGGCAAGUUAAAGUAUUUGUUGAAUUACUGGAAAAAGAUCCUAAUCUCGAAUCAUUAACAAAAGAAAGGUUCACUGCUCUUCAUCUUGCAGCUUUACGACCAGAAACAGAAUUUACUGAAAAGUUGCUGAAUAAAAAUGCAAAUAUAAAUGCUAUAGCAGAUGACGGUUCUACUCCUUUACAUUUAGCAUCAAAAUUUGAUCAGAAAGACCAAAUACUAGCUUUAAUAAAUAAUGGAGCAAAUAUGAAACUGUUUGAUAACAAGAAAUUUUUACCAUUGCAAUAUUCUAUUCAAAAUAUGAAUUUGGACGUCAUGAAAGCAGCCGCAGAAAAAGAUCCAAGUAUUAUUGAUCCUGAUACCAUUGAGGGCAAAACAAUUGUGCAGUAUUGCCUGGAAUAUGUUUUUUCAGGCAUUCAUCAUUACUACAAGAAUAAAGACUCCGUAGAAUAUCAAAAAUACAAAGAUCUUCAGCCAUUAGAAAUAUUUGAGAAGGAAGGAUAUUAUGAUGUUAUUAAGUUUGCGCAAAAUGUUAAAUUGCCAGAGGAUGAAAUCAGACGAAAUGGAACAAUUGCUUUCCUUGACAUAAUGGCGCGUGGUUGCAUUGAAAAAGAAAACGAUCCAAGUGAAAAGCAAUGCAGCUUUGUUGACGUCCGUAUUCGUUCUCGACGCGACAUUGGGAGCAACAACUCUGAAGACCAUCCGAAUUCAAUAAAACUACAUCCGAUAAAUUCGAUCCGAAAAUCCAUUAGUACCAACUGGAACGUAAGCAGUCCGGCGUUGCUUGCAAUGAAUUCAAACGAAGGCAGUAAAUCUUUUUUAAACGGUAAAGAUUCAUUGUUGCGAAGUAUUGAUUCAAGUGGUAUGUUGCUGUUAAUGGAUGUGCUUGUUAGAAAACUUACAAACGUAAAGUAUAAUACGAGUUUUAACAAGCCGGUGUCCAGCUUAAAAUCUCAAGCAGCUGCAUUGAAUAUUGUUGAAAAAUUUAUUGAUUUUGUAGAUUCUGUUAGUGAUGUACCAGCGGAAGAGUUAAUGGAUCUCGCUAAAUUGCACUCAGAUGUAUACAAAUCUAUAGAAGGGGGAAACAGCAUCAAGAUAUUUGAUCUUUUGUGUGAGCAUUUAAGAAGUAUUGUAGAUUCGGGGCAAGUUAUAGCUUUCUUAUCAAGUAUCAGAACCAACAAAGAAGACUCAGAUGCCCACACGCAAGGAAAUUACGUUGAUGCUAUAGCGCAGUAUUGCUUAUCUGAAGUUAAUAAGAGUAAUGCAACCUAGUUUCUGACUUUAACUUCUUUUUUAGUUAAUGGUAAUGCGUUUUAUUUAAACCAGAAUCUUUGCACUUUUCUAUGCCCUAUCUAUAUUUAAAAUGCAUAAUAAUGUUUCUGUUUUCACGACUGCAAUAUUUGUUACAAGUGUAAUAAUAUUUAAGUUCAUUUAA